AUGGCCUGUGGGCAUGAGGGGUCUCUGCAGCCCCGUGAGAACCUGCCUCCUGCAGAAAUGCACUCGCUGUGGCCCCAAAAAGUGCUCAUGCUUCGGAUCCAAGACCUCCUGACAUUCGUCCUCUCGCUGUCAGGGGUCAGGACACUGCAGGUGAGUGCCUACAGCGCUGUGACCCAGAGUCCUGGAGCCCGUGGGUCUGCCCUGGACGAUUCUGGAAACCCUCUUCCUCUGAAGGGGACUCUGGGAGCCUCUGUGUUGUUUCACAUGAUCAGAAAUCCAGAAUUACCUCCAGGAUCCAAGCUGGAGAGUAUUACUUGGGGCAUUAUAAAUCAAAAAAUCUACACACCCGUACUCCAGGUUAGUCCCGGGGGAGAUGUUCCACGAUGGGUCAACUUCCAGGACAAGUUCGAGAAGAGGGUCCAUGUGCUCAACACAACGACCCUGAGGUUUGACAACCUGACCCUUGAGGACAGUGGGCUGUACCGGGCUCAAGAGUCCUAUACGGGAGGAAGACAAUAUGACCAGGAUUUCUACCUAAUGGUCUACGAGCCUGUGCCCCUUCCCCAGAUCCAGACCACGUAUCUGUCCCUCACACCAGGCUGGUGCAACCUCACCUUGGAGUGUGACCUCACGAGAACCAGGGAGGACCUGAUGGUGUCCUGGGAGAGCAAGUGUCUCCCCAGGGAGCUGGAGCAGAGACCGGCCCCAGGACCAUCCCCCAACCCCUGGACACUGGCUGUGAACCUGCCCCUGAGCCGGCCCAGCCCCAGCCUCACCUGUGUGGUCAGCAACCAGGGGGACCAGAAAACUGUCACCCUGGAACUUGGGGACGUCUGUGGUCAUGCACCCACCAGGUACCUCUCCCCACCCUCAUCCAUCACCGUGAGUGUGUCCACGGUGGCUUUCAGGAAAAGCGAGUUGGGGAUAUCAGUGGUCUCUGCCAUCUGA